AUGCCCGCGCCAACAGCCCUCCUUCAGCCAGCGGCCGUCCCCGAAGCGGCCCUCGUGCCUGUGCCUGAGCAAGAGGAUGAGCUCCUUGUCGACAUGCAAGAUGCCAACACGGUCGACCCUACCGCUAUUGCGCCGCCGACAACCGCCGAAGAAACUGAUAUGGUAGUGGACGAGGAGGGACGGCCAAGGUUUGCGCCAGGGAAGGAUAUCGACCCCGUUCGCCGUGCCGAGACAAGAAAGAUCCCCAUCCCGCCAAACCGCAUGUCUGCAUUGAAGAGCAACUGGUCCAAGCUCCAAGUGCGCAUGAACAUCAAGGAGAAGCGCGUCGAGCUGCGGUCCUCCAAAUUCACCACAUCCAACGACUCGCUACAGAUGGGCGCCGACUUUGUGUCAGCCUUCGCGAUGGGCUUCGACAUCGAUGACGCAAUCGCGCUGCUACGUCUAGACUCGCUGUAUAUUCAGUCCUUCGACAUCAAGGAUGUCCGCCAGACGCUUGGGCAGGACGCGCUGGGCCGCGCCAUUGGGCGGAUUGCGGGCAAGGACGGGGUAUGUCGGUUUUUCAAGUUCCACGCAUUCGCCCUCGCGAAGGCGGAGGGCUGUGUUGUUGUGUAUGGGGGAUUUAUUGCUGCGGGCCGUGGGUGA